AGCCAACCAUGCAAAAGGAAUGAAAGGAGGUUUGUCUUACAGAGGGAAUUUCAAAUUUGCAAUACAUCGCCAGCUUUUCCGAGCGAUUUAGACACACAUGCAUACCGUUAUAUAUAACCAACGCGUAAUGCAUUCAGGACCGAGUUAAAAUUGUUGUAAGAAGACAGUGCCCCGAGAUGCUAUAGUUUUAGAGCAACGACUUCAGCACCAUACUGCUAUGUGGACCUUUAGCAAGUUGACCCUUGGAAACAUUCCGUGGAUUUUGAUUUAAAGCUCGUGCAUGCUCGUGCCCCUGAUCUGAACGGUCUAAAAUGAAGAGGAAUAAAGACUCCACCAAAACGAAUUCACCAGACAUUUGCCAGCUUUGUAAACAGAGUGACAACUGCCCUGAAAAAUAUGGAGAGAAAAUUACUAUCAAGGAGCCUCAACUUACCGUCCAUUACUUCUGUCUGUUGAUGGCUAGUGGCAUUUAUCAGCGUGGAGAGGAGGAUGAAGGAGUCCAUGGGUUUUUAGUCGAUGACAUUGUCAAAGAAGUGCACCGAGCUUCCAAACUGGCAUGUAACAAUUGCAGAGCAAAGGGAGCUUCUAUUGGUUGUUCCGUAAAAUCAUGUCGGAAGAUGGUCCAUUUUCCUUGUGGAGAGCGACUGGAGUUCAUCUACCAGUUCACAGACCUGUUCCCGUCGUUCUGCCGGGACCAUCGGCCCACCCAGACGUGCACGGUGCCCCCCACUGGAAAUCUUUCCUGCUCCAUAUGUCUGGAGACCAUUGAGCCGGUCCUCUCCUACUCUAUUCUCAAGUGCCCCGCCUGUCACGGGAGCUGGUUUCACAGAAACUGUGUCCAGCUCCAGGCUCACAACGCUGCCCAGUUCUUCUUCCGAUGCACCAUUUGCAACAACCAGGACAGCUUCCAGGAGGAGAUGCACCGGAUGGGGAUCUACAUACCAGAGAGAGAUGCAUCAUGGGAGAUGGAGGACAAUGCCUUUGCGGAUUUGCUUCAGGUGUACCAGCAUUGUGACGCCUUCACCUGUCAGAGCAGCUUGGGCCGAGACUUCAGCGCACAGUCUGGAAAGUUUGAGAUUAUCCGCUGCAGCUUUUGUGGGUCCAGCGGAACGCAUCGCAAGUGCUCCUCGCUGAAAGCCAACCAGGACGACUGGAUCUGUUCAGAAUGCAAGUCUGUUGUCGAUGGAUCAGCGACUCUGCCACGGCAUAUAUAUUCACCUAUGUCAGAGCGACAGGAGAAGAGGAAGAGGCUAUCCACCGGUGGCACCCCUUACAUACAGUCCAAAAGACGUCUGAUCCUCUUGAGCCCGCGGGGCAUCCUCCAGGAGCUGGCGGGCCAGAUCACAGGGGAGCAGGCUGGGGGUCCGCUGCAGGUGCCGGAGGGCCAGGUGCUGGAGGCGGCGCUGCAGCUCCUGCGGAGGCCCAACUUCAGCCCCGAGAGGGGCAUCACCGUGCACUUUGCGGCCGACCACCAGCACCACGGCCGCGGGGACCUGCGCCGCUUCUUCCGCCUCCUCAUGGAGCGUAUCCAGCACUCGGCCAUCUUCAAGGGGCCGGACGGGGAGAAGAACCUGGCCCUGGACUCUCAAGCUGUGCGGCACGACCGCUACUACGAGAUGGGCUGCCUGAUAGCCCUGAACAUGCUGCACGGCGGGCCUCCCCCGAGCUUCUUCUCCAAGCCCCUCUACUUCUCACUCUUCCACUACCCUAAGGACUUCUCGUUCAGCCACAGUGACAUCAAUGAGCCCUGGCUCAUCGCCAAGAUGAAGAAGAUAAAGGAGUGUAAAACUCUGGAGUCGUUGCGGAAUAUCAUGGAGUCGUUGUCUGAGUAUCUGGAGAUGGCGGGCUGCAAGAGGGAGGUGAAUUCCUACCACGAGAAGUACGCCAUACUGGACGACAUGCUCAACUUCCACUUGAUGGUCAGAAUGCAGUUGCCUUUGCAGAGAUUUCGUGAGGGUCUGAGGACCCUGGGCGUGUAUGACCAGAUCCAGAUGGCUCCCGAGGCCUUCUACCAGCUCUUCUGCUUCGCUCCCGAGAAGCUGUGUGUGGACUCCAUGUUGACCAUGUUCUCGGCACAGUACUCGGAGCGCAAGACCUACAAAGAGAAGGAAGAGGCCACCUGGAAACACUGGCAGCAGUUCCUGCAGGAGUGCGAGGAGGGGAGGUGUGCCAGCUCCCUGGAGGACGUGCUGGUGUUCGCCACCUCCUCGGACACGGUGCCCAUGAUGGGUUUCCUGCCGGCCCCCAGCGUCUCCUUCCUGCCCGUGGCUGACCCGUCCUACGCCUUCCCCCAGCGCCAGCCCGACGCCAACCGGGUACUGCUGCCCGUGACUCCCUCCUACGCCGCCUUCAAGAAGAACAUGGAGUACGCCGUGUGCCAGGUCACCGUCACGCAGGACUCUUAAAAACGUGGAGGAAUGUUAUGGGCAAAAAAGGGCCAAGAUUUUAUGUACGCAAAGACUGAGAGGUUUUUUUUUUUGUUUGUUUGUUUUUUACAAUUUUAUGUGUUUGUGACUCUUAUCUUGACACGAAAAGGAUGAAGUUCUGGAUAAUUGGUCUUCACAGACUGCGAUCAAGUUUUUACUUUUUUUGUUAUGAUUCUGAUUGUUAUAUGAUUUCUGUUAUGUCAUUUAUUGGGUCAUUGUCGUCGUUGAGCUAUUACCACCAUGAUUUACCCGCGGGGUGUGAAAGGCUAAAGCUGAGCAUUUGAAUGUUUUAAGGCUGCCAUCGAGUUUUUACAUGUUUUUAUGGCAUUUUUCUAUUGUGUCAUUGUCGGUCAAGCUAUUGUUGCAUUGCUUUGACCACAGGAAGCUGGUUCUACUUCCCCGUCACUGUCUCUCAGGUCAUAGGACUGGGCGCUUCAAACCGUUGACAUCCUUCAGAUUGUAUGUAGCUAUAUGUAGUUGAGCCAAAUAUGUUGCUUAUUUUGUACACUUGAUUGAUUAUUACCUUUUUCAAUGUCGAUGUCUAUCUGCAUUUUUCUGUCCUGGUUUUCUGCUUUUUUUACCUUCUCUCAUUUCCAGCUCUCACAGCAUAGGCUGUAUUUUUCCGUUUUCCUAAAUGUCUUAAGUUCUUAAAUACACACUAUACAAUAUGUCA